UAAUUAGUUUAUUACCAUACAUGUAGCCCACACACUAUUUUAUUGUUUAUAAUUAGCUUUAGUGACUAUGUCUUACAACUUAACUAAGAUGCCUGGUAACGUCACAUGGUCUAAUAGAGCUCCUGGUUGGUCGUAGCCUUGUAAACGGUAGCAUCCGGUUUCCGAAGUUAGCUGUCUAGCUAGUCAUAAUCCAAAAUUGUCUGUAGAAAUAAACUCCAACUGGAUAUAACACCGCAUUAGAGAAUAUUUAGCUGCACAAAAAAAUAAAUACAUUAAAAAAAAAAUCAUUAAAUAGUCUUGGCGUAUCUGAAUGGGGCUUUGAGUUUAGUCGCUUAUUAGAUAACUAGCUAGCUGUUAAACAGGUUUAAGAGGAUGUUACCCGGAUGUAGAGAUGUCUCUGGCGGAAUUAUUGAAGAUGCUCGGUCUCGGGGCAGUGGCUGUCGCAUUAGGCCUGGAAGGGUUGGACUGGUUGCUGACUCGGCGUCUCUGGCCCAGAAGAGUUUCCCGUCAGCCCCUGAAGGAGGUUCUCUUCUUUCCUUCACCGCCAGCGUGUGUGGAGCACUUGUACAAUCCAGGCAGCCGUCAUCCAUGUCUGUGUCCCCUCCCUCAUGGCCUGAACACACCCUUCUCCAGACUCCUGGAGCACCUUCUCUCAGUGUGUGUGUCGCUGGACCUUUGUCUGUUCAACUUCUCCAAUGCUGAGCUGAGCCGGGCCGUGCUGCUGUUACACAGCCAGGGUGUACGGGUGCGAGUGCUCGUAGAUCGAGACUACAUGGCUACCACUGGCUCUCAGAUUGGCGUCCUACGCAAGGCAGGUAUCUGUGUGAGGCACGAGCAGGGUUUCGUCAUGCUCAUGCAUCAUAAAUUUGCGUUGUUGGAUGGCAAGAAGCUGAUCACCGGUUCCCUCAACUGGACCCUGACAGCGGUGCAGAGGAACAAGGAGAAUGUGAUAGUGACCGAAGAGCCGGAGCUCGUCCGACCCUAUGAGGACGAGUUCAACAAGCUGUGGGAGGCCAACGACCCGACCAAACACCCAGCACAAACACACAGUGGGAAUAACACGAAGGGACUGCUGGCUCCCGCAAGAGACGAGUAGCUGGACACAGAGAUAGUCUUGACAUGUUUAAUUACUUUUGUUUUAUAUAGUAUGAUUUGAGUGAGAAGUUUUUUCACUCUGGCUUUGUUACAGAAUUUCAAGGAAAUUAUUAAAAUUUUUCUUAGUUAUAUAAUUAUAAGUAUAAAUUAAUCUGUUUUAUUUCAAUAUGAUGUUUUCUUGAGUAUAGAUCUGAUUGGGUUUUUAUUGGAUCAUUUAAAUAUUUCAGGGACAUGGAGAUGAUUGCAUUACUGUUGGUUAUUUAUUUAUUUUUUAUUCUUUAACUACUUAUCCGCUUUUAUCCACUUCAAGGAUAUUGAACGGUGGACAUGCUAAAUACAUAUUGAUUGCCAUGCUCAGUAUCUGUUACUGUGCUUAAAAUCUGAUUUGAUGCUGAGAGGGAAGAGAAAUCGUGCGUCCUACUUGAGCAGAACUAAACUGCAAUGACUCAAGCAAAAUAAAUCUGCUUUUAUUGGCAUAAAUCUGGCUUUGUGUAAAAAUACUCUCCUCCAGUUCUUUAGUGUCUUUUCAUCUGAAAUAAGCUUGAGUGUGUGUGUGUGUGUCGCAGCCAGGACUUUCCUUGCUCAACCCAGCUAUUCAGUCAUGAAACUGGGACCUCAAAUUAGAUAAAGUGGUUCAAUAAAAUAAAAUGUCCAGCCAAUAAACUCUGUAAGCCAUAAGAGUGAAAUAUUUGUGGGAUGCAUGCCAAACUGGGUAGCAUUUCAUUUUAUAGAGUCUGUUUGUGUUUCCUUAACCUGU